AAAUUUGUAACGGAACUUAACACGUCUUUACACGUUUCAUAGUUUUGCUUGAAUAACCUGUUCCCAAUCAUUUGGUAAUCCCUCAAAAUGGCGACAAUGGCUGAAUUUAUACAGCAAUCUGAAAUAAAUGAUGGAAUACGUUUUUCCUGGAAUGCUUGGCCUGCUUCUCGACUAGAAUCUGCUCAAUGUGUUGUGCCUAUUGGAUGUUUGUAUACUCUGUUCAAAGAACGUUAUGAUUUCCCACCAAUUAAUUAUGAUCCAGUGUUCUGCAGUCGAUGUCGUGGUAUUCUUAACCCUUAUUGUCCGUUUGAUAUUAGAACUCGUACAUGGACAUGUUGUUUGUGUAAUACACGAAAUAGUUUUCCACCUCAAUAUGCAGGAAUGACUGAACAAAAAUUACCUGCAGAAUUGAUGGCUCAGUUUACCACACUUGAAUAUACCAUCCCAAAGGUUCAACUUGUUCCACCCAUUUUUAUGUUUGUUAUUGACACAUGUAUUGAAGAACCAGAAUUUACUCAUCUUAAAGAGUCUAUUCAAUUGUCGUUGAGUUUCCUACCACCACAUGCUUUUGUUGGUUUGAUCACUUUUGGGAAAAUGGUACAUGUUCAUGAAUUGGAAGCAGGACCUAUUUCUAAAUCAUGGGUAUUUAAAGGAACAAAAGAUUAUACAGGGAAUCAAAUCCAGGUUAUGUUAAGUGUUGGUCGUAGUUCAGUUACAACUGCUAAUCAACCUACUUCUGUAUUCAAUCCAAAUUCUCCUUCAGGUGCUCCUAAAGGUGUUUACAGUUCUGAAAAACAAUUUCAACAACCACAAAUGGCUCAAUUACCAUACAAUAGAUUUAUUCAACCAAUGGAAAGAUGUGAUGGUUUAAUCACUGAUUUGCUCACUGAAUUACAACCAGAUCCUUGGCCUGUACCUCAAGGUAAACGUCCUUUACGUUCAGUUGGUACAGCAUUGAGUAUCGCAGUUGGCUUAUUAGAAGCUGCUUAUCCUAAUACUGGAGCUAGAGUUAUGCUAUUUCUUGGUGGUCCAUGCACUCAAGGUCCUGGUAUGGUAGUUGAUGAUGAUUUAAAAAAUGUUAUACGUUCACAUCAUGAUAUGGAAAAAGAUAAUUGUAAAUAUAUGCGAAGAGCAAUGAAACACUAUGAAGGAUUAGCUAAUCGUGCUGCACAAAAUCUUCAUGUUGUUGAUAUAUUCAGUUGUUCAUUAGAUCAAACUGGUUUACAUGAAUUACGUUAUUUAACUAAUUACACUGGUGGUCAUAUGAUUAUGGGUGAUAGUUUUGCAUCAAAUUUAUUUCAACAAACCUAUCGUCGUGUAUUCAAUAAAGAUGCAUCUGGUUCAUUUUUAAUGGGAUUAGCUGGUCAAAUGGAAGUGAAGACAUCCAAAGAACUGAAAGUAUCCGGUUGUAUCGGACCAUGUUUUUCAGCUAACGUUAAAAUGCCUAAUACUGGUGAACAGGAAGUUGGAAUUGGUCGUACUUCUGUCUGGCGGUUAAACGGUUUCACUCCAUCAACUACAUUAGCCAUUUAUUUCGAAGUAGCUACUCCAACUAGUGGUGGUGGAGUACAAAUACCUCCAGGUAGUAAUGGUAGAGGUUAUGUACAAUUUGUUACACAAUAUCAACGUGCUAAUGGUCAGCGUAAAUUACGUGUCACAACAGUAUGUCGUAAUUGGAUUGAUUCAACUACACAAUUGCCACAUAUGAUAUGUGGAUUUGAUCAAGAAGCGGCUACUGUACUGAUUGCACGAAUGGCAAUGUUCAAAGCUGAAACAACAGACAGCGUUGAUGUAUUACGAUGGUUGGAUAGGCAACUAAUUAAAUUAUGUCAUAAAUUCGGAGAUUAUCGUAAAGAUGAUCCAACUUCAUUUCGAUUACCUGGUGAAUUCUCAUUCUAUCCUCAAUUUAUGUUUCAUAUGAGACGUUCACAAUUUCUACAAGUUUUUAAUAAUAGUCCAGAUGAAACAGCUUAUUAUCGUCAUGUUUUAAAUAAAGAAGAUUGUUCUAAUUCAUUAUUAAUGAUACAACCAUCAUUGACAUCAUUCAAUUUAGAUGGAAGUGAAGAACCAGUUUUAUUGGAUUCUAGUAGUAUACAACCAGAACGUGUAUUAUUAAUGGAUAGCUUUUUCUUAAUUCUUAUUUAUGAAGGUGAUACAAUUGCUAAAUGGAAGAAAGCUGGCUAUCUGGAUAUGCCUGAAUAUGCACAUAUUAAACAAAUUCUAGAUAAGCCUAGAUAUGAAGCACAAGAAUUAUUAAAAACACGUUUUCCAGUAUCACGUUAUGUUGAAACAGAACAUGAUGGUAGUCAAGCACGAUUUCUAUUAUCUAAAGUUAAUCCAUCAUUAACACAUCAUACAAUGUAUUCAUUUGGUCAGGAUUCUGGUAGUGCAGUACUAACAGACGAUGUAUCACUUCAAGGUUUUAUGGAACAUUUAAAAAAAUUAGCUGUUUCUAGUUCUGCAUAGAUUGUGAUGAAAUGAAUAGACUAGUAUUAUGCAACAUCUUUAUGAUGUGAUAUUGAUGAAAAACACCAAUGACAGUAAUCGAAAAUUCAAUAGCAUCUACUACUCAUCGUCUAUAUUAUAAGUAAUUGCUUCCUAUAUAUACAUAUAUAUAUAUAUCUACAAUUACCGUUUCCCCUUUUAUUCAUUUCUACUUUCUCUCGUUAAUUUUGGUUGCAAUUUUUUUCCAGUAAUAAUUUCUACUUUUAUUUAUUCUUGAUUUCGAUUCAUGUGUGUUGAGAAAAUUGUUGUUGUUGUUUCCUCACUCAAUUUUAAAUGGAAACCAACGUUUCUAAUGAGCACAUACAAGUACGUGUGUGUGUGUGUGUGUCUAUGUAUGUGCGUUUCUCAAUCCAUUCGUUUAUUCAACUUGUAAAUGAGUUGUUUUAUGCAAUGAAUUGUAUCCAUUUACAUAGAUCUUCGGUAUUAUAAAUAGUUAUCUUCUAUAUAUAUAUGGGAUGUUUGUUUGAAAUAAAAUGCUUUUACAAAUAAA